AUGAAACAACAAUUCCAGGACACAUUUAGCGUUAAAACCUUCACAAUACUCAUUCACUUGCUCAGCUAUGCCUUCAAUUUCACUCUUCUCUAUUUGGUGUUGAGGAAACGAGCUUUAAAAACGCGAAUUUAUAUUACAAAUAUGGUGGCCGCCGAGAUUCUCAUCAAUCUGAGCCAACAUUUCUACAUUGAGAUCUUCUGGUUCAUCGCCUCGUCGGACAUCCAAUUCCGAUUGCUCAUCAUUCUAUUCCGAUACCUCAGUCUACUCUGCACCCAAUUGCGCUACAUUGUCAGCUUUCUGAUGAGUGUCAAUCGAUUGAUCGUCACACUUUGUCCGAUUCUCAACAAGCUGUUCACACAGGAAAUGCUCAAAUAUUAUUGCUUCAUUAUAUGGUCGUGCCUUGCAAUCAUCAAUGUAAUUUACAUAAUGUGCUCAUGCGAGUAUACCAAUUAUGUGCUCAUAUGCGACAAUUAUGAGAGCGAGCCAUUCUAUAUCGUCAACUCGUUUCACAUUCUGGCGGUCACGUGUAUCAUCAAUAUUCUAGCGGUGGUUUACACCAAAAUUCGACGAUUGCCCGCCUUCAAAUCAGUUGUGGCGCGUGUUUCGAGAAACUCGGAGACGAAGCGAAAGAAGCACGAGAAUCGAUUUGUGUUCCAUGCGCUGAUUGUAUUCGCCGUCAUGUCUGAACCAUAUGGCUUCGAAUUUAUCACGGCCAAUUAUCCAGAGGCAUUCGACUCAUUACCAUAUUUGAUCAAAACGCAUAUAUACGCGCUCAACGUCUACCUGAACAACCUGCUCAAUCUGCUUCUCUAUUUCAUUCUGCAUCCUUUUGUCCGAAAGCAUGUCAUCUCGAUAUUCCAACGCGAGAAACCCUCAAUUUUAUAUGUGACUCGAGUCAUCGGCGAUGUCAAAACCAUAUAA